AUGGCACCUCGUUCGCAAUGGAGAUGUCUCGUCCUCAUGGCACUUCUGGCUUCGGCGCAGGCUGCCGGUGGGUUGGAUGAUUUCUCAAACAAUCUCUUCUCCGAUCUUGCUCCUCUACUAGCGCUUUUCGGUGAGCGCGUGACGAUGCAGUUCAUGAGCCAGUCUCUCGGAUGGGCAGAUUGCAUCGCGCUGGCGAUGGCCCCCUUGGGCGUCAUCACCAUCAUCGUGAGCGCGAUCCGCGUGGGAGGGCCUAUGCGUCUCAAGGCCAUCAUCGGCCGCGCGAAGGAGAACACUUCGGUCGCCGAGAUGGAACUCAUGUCUUCGACUUCACGCGAAGUGUGCGAGAUGUACAACGGGGAGAGCAUCGUGCGAUGCCAGGGAUCGGCCCCAGUAUGGGAGUACAUCUGUCUUGUUCCUCAGUCUACAAAGGCGGCAGACUCGGAGGGCGCCAACAGCACAGAGUCGAUGCCCAAGUUCGUAUUCAAAACACUGAAGCAAGCAGUGGCGGCUGGACUCCUUUCACCAGAGCGUCAGGCUCAAGGGUCCGACGACAACGAAAACCACAGAACCAGUGGAGAAGUUCCUACCGAAUCUCCCGAGGCGCCGGUUGCGUCUGUUCAGAACGAGGAAAUACCUCCAGUCGCAAGGUCAACUGCGUUUCAACGGAACCUGAGUCGAAUUCGUCCCUGGUUCCGUCGAGGCAAAGGCCCAUUGUCAAGAUCACCCGAGGUCUCCCUGGAAAUGGGAAGUAUUCAUCAACAAACCAAUGCCCCGCACCCAAACAAUGAUAGCGUCCAACGUCUGUCGGGACCUCGUGCAGAAGAGGACGAGGUUUUCCAAGAGACAUCUCAUGAGGGGCCUGAGGAGUCGCCUGGUGCUGAUUUCGAAGAGGAAUCUCAUCGGGAUUCUCGAAGCUCGUCUUAUUUUCACUCUGAAGAGGAUUCUGACGGAGACUCUGACGAGGCGUCUCAACAGAAUCCUGACGAAGCAUUCCACCAAAACCCCAAUUCCAUAAUCGUCGUCCGCAAUACAGGUCUCGAAGCACCCAACAUAUCUUUGAACCUGUCCAUGAGUCACAGCCGUACAUCCAUUCGGUGGGUCGCAACCAUGGGAGUUCUGCUUCAGUUGUGUGUUGUGACUUUCUUCGGAGUCAUCACCUUUGGGCCCUCAUACAUACGAGACGAUUUCGAAAAGGACGAUAAGGCUGCACUCACCCACGCUUUCCCGCUUGCCGCCGGCGGAACUAUGCUACUGGUCACAGGACUACUGUUGUGUGCUCAUGUGGUGGAGAGUAGCACAAAUGAGCAGCGGUACAAACCCAGUUCGGAUUAUCGAAUCCAGAUCUACUGGCUACAGCAAGGACAAACCGUCAAUGAUCAAAUCUUUGAGUCGUUUGCUACCUUUCCGUCUUCACCUCGUACUUCGAUUAUUACCUCACGCCGUGGAAAGGACUUUGAGAAGGAGAAAGACAUCAAAACGCUUCAAUUCAAAACAACCAUCGGUGUUUUUAUCAGUCUUGCCGGGUUCAUAACUCAGUUCGUUGGCCUCAGGGCAAUGAACGCAGCAGCAUCAUUGGCACAGCUUGGUGCUGUCGGCAUUAUGACUGUGGCUAGGGCAAUGGUCCGACCUGGGUUCGCAAGCUCUUUCGAGAAGGUGAAAAUCCUCCCGGGAUACGAGAUUGACUGGUUGGCUUGGAAACUUAUCAAGGAGCUAUGCUCUCAGAAAACUCACGACACCUCCGAAACUCAGAACGAAACCACUAAUCCUCGGCCUCUGGAUCUUGGCCAACCAGAAAACAACGAGUUCGGGUCAUCGUCAAAGUCCAGCAAAUACACGCAGACGGAGUUCCGCCAUAGUCCUGGAUCUUGGGGCAUCGUUACUGGCAAGAACUCCGAGUACCAUCCUUUCAAGCCAUCCAAAGAUCUUCCUGGGCCAAUGAGACAGUCUUCAACGCUGGCUGAUGUCCGACGAGAACUGUCCAAACUCGCCAACUUUCGGACAGAUUCAUCCAAUGUGGCUUUGAAUCUUGCAAUAGCCAUGGAGAAAAUCUUGACAGUCUUCUUCCCCGGAGGUACUGGUACGACAAAUUGCGACUCGUUUCUGUGGGACGUAAAAACCUUUUACGAAGGUAUAACGCCAAAUGUAGAGUCCAAUGAAACUAUGAGAUUUCAACUCAAGAUGGUGUAUAAUACUGAGUUGUCAUCGUGGAAAGUCAUGGCGGAUGAUCUGGACGCGGUGUUGUCCCUUUGGAUCUACACUAUCAAUGAAAGGAACAUAAAACACGAGACCACCCAGGUCGCCGAGGAUUUCGAGCACCUCAAUUCCGAAAAUGACAGUUGGCUGCGAAACAAGACACACCCCGCCAGCUUGAGGAUUCUGCGCUCUGUGGACGACAAGAUGAGAAUGAAACUAUUUCGAGAUUUGCGAGCCUGGGCCCCAAAAGCUUGUCGGUCGAUGUUUUACGCGACGGAAGACAUACCUUCAACCACCGGUAUUUUUCAAAAGAACCAUUUCGCAAAAGCAUUCAACCAAAGCAGGGUGGUCGGGUUUAACCCUCUAUCACAGACGACCUCCGAAAGCCAAUUGGCCGAGCGACAGUUUCAAAUUGACAUAAGUUCUUUAGCCGAUGCUUGGUAUUCACCUCGGGCUCAGAGCGGGCACUGGGUUAUCGAGACGCAAGAGACUCUCGAUGUUCUUUACGCCAAGGAUCUUCUCUUUCACUUUCUUUCCUCCGCGGCAAAAACACUUCAAACCCCACUGAGGGGUCGAACCGUGAUCACCACCCCCCUGAAAGACAUUACAUGGCGGAAAGUGUUCCUUCACUACCAGGCUGCUGGCGCUUCCAAGAACGAAUGCCUUGAUGAAAUUAUAGAAUCUAUCAUCAGUCUUGGACUGGGUCUCGAACACGAAGUUACUUUGGGUGUCGUCCUGACGCUCAGUUUUGAGGACAAGCUACCAGUACAAUACUCGAUCUUCGAAUCGUUGCGCGAUCAGAAAAUUGAAGCCCGGAAGGAGCGGAACUGGGGGCGACCGCACAUGGCAGUUUAUCAUCUUCGAGGUCGUCACCACGAAAGGCCGCAAAGCCUCUUUUCUCAACAUUUGUUUGCGUUUCUUAUAGACCAUGCUGAAGACAUAGAAGUUGAGUACUCUUCAACGUGCGUUGAGGGUCGAGACGACCGCACUCUCCAUCUUCAUCAGACGGUUUUGUUAGAGUAUUUGCGAGCCUUGAGACAUCGCGGAUUAUUUGACCAGCUGAAGAGACUUUAUGAGUUUCAAAGACGGAACAUGAGAUUUCUCAAAGAUCUCGAAACCCAGAUAUUCAACACAUCGUUCGGUGCAGCCGUUGAAUCUUCUGUCAUUAACAAGCGAUUGCCUAGUUCCAGUCGAACGGAAUCUUCGGAGUCAUUGGAUCACGCCUUCUCUCACAGCAGUUUCACGCCUCUGCAUCGAGAAGCGAUGAAACCAGAUGGGAAACCAGAGCUAUACAGGAAUUUCAUCCAUUGGAUAAAUCAGCCGGACACUUUUGGUUUGAUGCCUCUCUAUCAUGCUCUCAGAACAGGAAACCAUGACAUGGUUAAAUACCUCGUCAGGCAUGGUGCGGAUGUUGAGGCAAAGAACUUCCGAGGAUAUACAGCACUUCAUUUUGCUUGUGGUUUCGGGGAUGAGUAUAGCGUUGCGUUGAUUCGGAGGGCUGGCGCAAAGUUUGACGUCCAGGGUUCUGACGGAGCGUUCCCAUUGCAUGUUGCUGCAGCAGAAGGCAACCACAAAUAUCUUGCUUUUCUCAACCAUGGCAAACUAGGGAACUGGGGUAAUUCAUUCGAUUUAUGGAAGGCAAAAGACUUCCAUGGUCGACUACCUGUGCACUGGGCUGUCAUGGCAGGAAACACUCAACUUUUCAGCAGGGACAACGCUAACACACCCCUGACUCGAUAUGUCAAUGAAGCAGACAACUACGGCUGGACAGCUUUACACCUAGCUGUUAUACACAGCAAAAACGACAUCGUCAGAGAGCUCUGUUCCGAGAACUGGCACGAAGCAUUCUGUGUAGACAAAGAGAAGACAGAUGCAAAGGGGCUCACAGCCUUCCAGUUGGCUGGGGUAAAAGGGAACUCAGAGGCAGCUGACAUACUUCGAGAUGCAGGCGCUAGAACUGAGUUCUAG